GUCAGCCAUCUGGCGCAGUCAGCUAGCUCCAUCAGGAUUUGGAAAAUGGAGGCUUGACCCAGCGAGGAAUAAACGAGGGCACAUCGUCUAUAUUUCUCUCGUGUAGAUCUUCAAACCUGAUUGUUGUUGUGAAGCCAUUGUUUAGUUUGACAAAUUGAAGACAUUGAGUUUGAAAGUAGUGAUUGACUCCAUCAUCCAUGGAGGAGAAUGUGAGCCCUGAGUUCACUGUAGCUCCUGAGCCAGAACAGAGCCAGGACCAUAUGGAUAACUGCUCUCAAGGUAAUGAAGAGCGGCCCAGUGAGCAAAAGCAGACAGAAAAUGAAGAUGUGGUUGAACAGACAAUAGAGAAAUCUUCCAAAGCCAGCGGUGAAUUAAAGAAAACUUGGGGGUUCCGUCGGUCCACUGUUGCAAAGCGAGAGAUGCCGGUGGAGGCAGCAACUGACAGCACAGACAGACGCUAUCCUGUACGCCGCAGUGGCAGGCAGGCCAAGCGUACAGACAAACUGGAGGAAUUCCUCUCUACUAAAAGAGUAUCAAGAAAGAGUGCCCCCCCGACUCUUGAAAGUGCAGAUCCUCCUUCACAAACCCCAACUGAUGCGGAAACUGCGUCUGAGGCCAGCUUUGAUGGCACUGCAGACACAAAAACACUGGAGGACAAGCCUGAGGCGUCCGAUAGGAGAACGCGAAGUAGCGUGAGGGAGCAGCCGGCUCGAAAGUCAAUGCGAUUUGGCAGAUGCACACGACAAAGCGCCACAGUUGAAGGAAGCUCUGACAAUGAGGACAGCAGAGAUGGCACUGAGAUACAGGAAAAAGAUGCAGCCAAAACCGGGGACUCGAAUAGCUCCAAAAUAAAUGAGGGAGGCACCAAUAAGGAUCAGCGCCAGCCUGAGUUGGAUUCAAAGGAAAAGGAGGAAAAGAAGCAAGCGGACACGGGGGACGAUGACGACACCAAAAUCGAAAGUGAGGAGAGCGCAGAAAAACCUGGAGUGCCGGUAAAGCGUGGACCGAUUAGAACAUACAUUAAUAAAAAAAGGGCCGCCAAUGUGAACAGUACCAAUGUGAAGGGGUGUGCCCCUGGGCAGGCUGUUGGCGCCACAACCAAGUCUCAAGUACAGGAGGACAGCGACGACGACGACGACGAUGAUGCAUCUUCCUCCUCCUCCUCUUCAUCUUCAAGCAGUGAGUCUGAUGGAGGCUAUGACCCCAACGCACUUUAUUGCAUCUGUCGGCAGAAACACAACAAAAGGUUCAUGAUCUGCUGUGACCGCUGUGAGGAAUGGUUCCAUGGAGACUGUGUGGGCAUCACAGAGGCUCGGGGGCGUCUGAUGGAGAGGAAUGGCGAGGAUUACAUCUGCCCCAACUGCACAGCUAAGAAAAGCCAGGUGAUCAGGCCUGCGACCUCCACGCUGUCAAUGAGCAUAGACAUGGGCAAGCCCAAAGCCGGCACAGCACUUCAGAUGUCCGCACUACAGAUGGCGGCGGGUUUUGCGUCUUACACUGACUUCAGUACCUCAACAAGUCCAAGUUUGGCAGCACCCCCAUCUGCUGGAAGUGAAGACAUGGGUAUCAAAGGCAGGAUUGAGAAAGCCUCAAAUCCAACGGGGAAAAAGAAGAUAAAAAUCUUUCAGCCGCAGUCGCCACAACAGCCAGUGCUACCACACGCUGUCCAGAAGGGGGCGCCAAAGCCGGGGAAGACUGCGGCCGCCACACCAGAGCUGAAAGCGCCAGAGAUGGAGCAGAAGGUGGCUUCAAACGUGGAGGUGAAAACAACGGGGACGGCAGCGGCAGAUGAGAAAACUAAGUUGGCGGCACCGGAGGAUGCUUCCCUUCCAAAAUGUAUUGGGCCCGGCUGUGAGAAAAACGCCCAGCCUGACUCUGUGUACUGUGGAAACGACUGCAUCCUGAAACACGCUGCUGUGACCGUGAAGGCCUUCACUGAUGUCAAAGAGCCCAAGGACUCGGCUCAGAAAUCCAACUCUGCGUCAAAGAGCGGAGCUGCCAGCGGGACUAAGAGCCCUAAGGACAACAGGGUGGAUACAGAGAGCGAUGAAGGAGGCAACUGCGUUCCAGAUGAUGACGACGAAGAUGCGCAUGCUGUGGAAGAGCGGCCCUCGCCUGCCACCGCGUCCUGGUCCAGCGACCAUAAUUACAUUGCAGUACCACCAGAAAAGACUACACCCAUAUCAGCAACAGUGUUAAACAAAAAGUCCUCAACCAAAGAAGAGAAGCAGGCUAAGGAAGCAGCUCCAACUCAUGAGAAACCUUCCACUGAUUCCAAGACCCUAGUAAAAACGAAGAAGACAAUGACCACCAGGUCAUCCAAGGUGUCUCCAAAGGGCAAGAAACCUUCCGCUCAGUCCACCAGUUCCAAGGGGACAAAGAGACCAGCGACUCCUCCAAGUAAAUCGACAGUAAAGUCCAAGAAACUGCGGGCAACGGCCACCCCUACCCCAUCACCGUACCCACCAGGGCCCAUCCAUGUCACAGGAGCCCUGAGAGUUACAAAGUCCAACUUUACCAUUCCGAAGAAGCAGCCUCAACAAAAGGACACUCCAUCCCGUAGCCAGGCCUCGUCAUCUCCAAGAGUCCCGUCCUCUCCAGUGUCUUCAGCUCCCCCCAGUCACUCUGCCUCACCAAGACCUCACCAUCCAUCUUCCUCAGCACCCCCCGUAUCGCCUAUGCCGCCUCCCCCCAAUCACCAGAUGAGACAGAACAUUCGUCGCUCUCUGACAGACAUUCUCUAUAAGAGAGUGAGUGAUAGUGAUGAUCUGAAAAUGACAGAGAGUGAGGUCGCACGGCUGUCUUUUGCCAUUGAAAAGGAGAUGUUUAACCUCUGCCUUAGCACUGACAGCAAGUACAAAAACAAAUACAGGUCGCUCAUGUUCAACCUCAAGGACCCCAAAAACAAAGGCCUGUUCUACAAGGUGAUUGGAGGUGAGGUUACACCCUUCCGACUUGUAAGGAUGAGUGCUGAAGAAAUGGUUUCCAAGGAGAUAUCAGACUGGAAGAAGCCAGAUCCACCUCAGGCGCAGUCAUCUAGUUCAAGGGCCCAUUCAGGGCAUUCCAAACCAGGCAAUAGGUAUGACUCACACAGCAUGGACGUGGAGGAUGUCCCACCAUCAUCAGAUGCGGAUGUAUGUAUCUCUGCCACAACUUCAUCUGCUCGCAUGGCUUCUGCUGUAGACCAAGAUGAGGCUGGCCUCACUCCUUCAGCUGCGACUCAGCCGUCGGCCGUUGAGGGGGGCAGUAGUAUGCCAGAUAUUUUCAGUAGCAUGCUCAAAGACACGACUUCAGAGCACAGGACUCAUCUGUUUGACCUCAACUGUAAAAUAUGCACAGGUCAGAAAACAGAAGACGAACUUGCGUCAAAGAAAACUAAACACACAAAGAAGCCUGACCCAUCCAGACAAGAGUUGCAGUCAGCCUCUGCUGUCGGCCAACCGCAAGCCCCCCCAGUUUACCAGCAGCACAUCCCUCCACCGUACCAGUCUGGCAUGGAAGCAGUUGUUCCAGACCCACAGACACAGCUUUACCAAGAGGAUCCCAACAGCCUUGCCCCACCUGUCCAAACGGCCCCAGCCAUCAACCCCACUAUUUCAUCUGUCAGCAUCACGCGCCGAGACCCGCGCAUGGCCAGACAUGGCUCAGGUGUUACCGUCACUUACACUGCUCCGGAAAAACCCAUAAACAACAUGACUGAGUCUCUCCCAGCUCCCGUCACUGUUCCCAUGGAGGUUGUAGCUAAGGGACCCCUUCCUAUGCCUCCUGCUCCACCACCGCCACCCUCAGUGGCUUUGUCCAAACCAGCGAAAACAAGUACCUCUGAUCCACCUCUUGAGGGGGAGACGGCAAUCUUCCUCCAUGGUCAAGAGAAGAUAUGGAAGGGAUUUAUCAACAUGCAGUCUGUGGCCAAGUUUGUAACUAAAGCUUACCUGGUUUCCGGCUCUUUUGAGUAUCUAAAAGAGGAUUUGCCAGACACCAUUCACGUGGGAGGACGAAUCUCUCCAAAUACAGUGUGGGACUAUGUCGGGAAGCUGAAAACCUCAUUGUCCAAGGAGCUCUGUCUGAUCCGGUUCCACCCAGCCACAGAGGAAGAAGAAGUGGCCUAUGUGUCUCUCUUCUCUUACUUCAGCAGCAGGAAAAGAUUUGGUGUAGUGGCUAACAGCAACCGGCGGAUCAAAGAUCUCUAUCUCAUCCCACUGAGCUCAAAGGACCCACUACCCUCCAAACUCUUACCGUUUGAUGGACCAGGACUUGAACCAGCUCGGCCCAACCUCCUCCUGGGGCUCCUCAUCUGCCAGAAGGACAGAAAGCGUGCUGCUCCUCCACUGGAAACUGACGAGAAACGUUCUAAGAUUCAAAUUAAAGAUAUAGACGAUACUGGGCUUCCGAAGCCACUUCCCUCAGUCAAAGUGGAGCGAAGCACACGCCAAAGUUUGGAAAUCCCCUUCAGCACAACUCCUCCAGGGUCACCUCCAGCCAGCUCCUCAGAGACGUCAAGCGCUGCUGUGCCCACCUCAUCUGUCUUUUCUCUCUUGUCGUCUGUUAAAGCGCCUGCCACAUCAGCUGUGACUGGUGUGGAAUCCCCAUCGUCCUCCAGCUCUGUGGCUUCCGCAGCAGCAGCUGCCACUCCUCUGCAGACCAUCCUCAACACUCUUUUUGGGAAGAAAAAACAUGACUCGGAAGCUUCAAACUCUCCAUCUGAGCAGGGUGCAGAACAUUCCAUCCCACGCGCUACAAUGUUAGAUCCCAUUGUGCAGCAGUUUGCACAGAUUUCAAAAGACAAACCGGUAGAUGAGGAUGAAGAUGACCGGCCAUAUGACCCAGAGGAAGAAUAUGACCCCAGUAUGGGCUACAGUGUGCCUAAUAAACCAGCUGAGGUAGUAAAUAAACCUGAAACGGUACAGAGCGAAGGUGAUGAUAUAGCAUAUGACCCUGAGGAUGACUCAAUAUUUGAUGAAGUCAAUACUGUAUCAGGUGAAACUGUUUCAGAAGAACAUAUAACCGAGCCAGAAAAGAUCCUAGACGGCCUUAAACAGAAAGGAGAUCAGACAUUGCAGAAACAAGAAGAACUCCAGAUGCCGUCUACCGGCUCAGCUGGGGCUUCACUUAUUCCUCCAACCCUUAUUGGGAGCAGUCAGUUACUGCAGCUAGGCAAAAAAGUGGAAGAGCUUGUGAAAUCUUCAACUGCUCCGCUAAUCAACCAGAGGAGGGAUCCUCGUCAGAUGCCUCGCAAGGUAGAAGGUAGCACUAAACCAACCGAUGAACCUGAGGAAAAAGAGGAGUCGUCAACAGGUAGCUCUUCUCCACCACAACAGUCAAUUCAAGAGCCACAGUUGCCUACCGUUGCUGACCUUCCUGACUCGUCGCAAGACUCACAGACACCACUGUCAGAGGAGGAAGUGAAAUCUGAGACACUGCCCUUCAUGGACACUGCAAAGACAGAGGUGUCAAUUCCUUUACUGGGAGAGACGAUGGACCCUGAUAUAGAUUACCACUACAUGGAAGAGAAAGAAGAAAUAAGCAAACAAGCUGAGCCAGUCAAAGCUGAAAAACAGAUGGACAAGUACAAUAUUUGGCCAAAUGCAGCAAGUAUUUUAAGAAGUACUGAAGAUUCAGAAUAUGACGACAAUAGCCAAGACACAGCCAUUUCUAGCUCAUGCAAUGAGCCUUCAAACUCUUCUACAAUUACUUCCACAAUCCCAGUUCUCACUCACAGUUUAGCCGUCGGCGACACUCAUUCCCACAAUGUGCGACAUCACAUGCCAGCAUCAAGUUUUGACGAGUACAGACCUCCAGCAGAUGUCCCCCCACCAUCUAAUUUCCUCCUACCCCAACAGAUCCAAGGACAGAAUCCUGUGAUGAGGCCUCCACCAGUGUCAAUACCCCCACCCAUACAAGGUCUUCCUUCAAUGUCAGCUCCCCCUCCUUUGCAAGGACCCCCUCCAUCCAUUUUCCCUCCUGUACACGGUCCUCCUCCAAUGCAAGCUGAUGGCAACCGUCAGUUUGGUCCUCCUCCAACUCCCUUCCCUCCCUACCAAAGUCAGUGGCCACGCACCCAAGCACCACCACAGCAGCAGCCACCUCCAAGACCACUUCAGAACCUUAUACCACCUAGAGUACCACCACCCUACCCACCAAUUGUCCAGAGAGGACCUCCACCUCAAAUAUUUGAUCCUCUCAUCCCUCCUCAGCAUACUGGACAACAAGGGCCGCCUCCAGGCCUUCCUCCACCUCCUCCUUUUGAUGCACAGAAUCAGCUGCCUCCACGAUUUACCGGUCCUCCUCCACCCUUUAGCUUCCCUGGAAACAGAGGUCCUCCUCCACCUUUCUCAGGACCACCACCGGGACAUUUUGAUACCAGGCUUCCUCCUCCGUCCCACUUCCCAGGGUCAAGGGGUCCCCCUCAAGCUCAGUAUGGUGACCAUGCAAGUCAAACACCAAUUCAAGCCCAACCACCAAUGUUGGAACAAACCCGUGGGCAAAGGGAGCAGUAUAACAAAGAUAGUCACUCGUUCACACAUGUGGACCAGCAUCAAAAUCAUCCUCACCAUUCUUUUAAAGACAAUCCUGCUCAAUCACUUGGCCAAGUUUAUCGUGGCCCUCCUACCCAGUAUGAGGAAUCAAGAGGCCCACCUUCUAGUGUGGAGAUUAGUGGACAACACAUUAAUCCACUGAACCAGUUUGGGGGUCCAAGGCUGCACUCUCCACCACAUCGAGGGUCUUUUGAUGAGCGCAUAUCUCUUCCUCCUUCUCUUCAGGAGAGUAGGGCCCCUUUUGGCGGAUCCGAACGUUACCGCUUUGAUAGGUUUUCAGAUGACACUAGACCUAUUCGUCACAGUGGCCCACUGCUCCCAACUCCCACAGAAGCUCCCAUUGGUCUUCCAAAUCGCAAGGGAGGCCAUAGUCCAGACAGGCGACGAGAUGAAUACUGGCGCCGCCAUUCCCCUGAAAUCUUGAGGAGAACCAGCACCAACCGAGAGGACUCGGAACCUCGGAGCACAGAUCCCUUCAGUCACUUCGAAGCGGUGCUCAGAGAAUCUACUUCUGGUCCCCCCCAAUCAUUAGAAGACAGACUAAAGGAGCUGUCUGGUGAUCACAGAAGAGACAGAGAGCGUGACAUCCCUCACCCUGGGAGGUCCUUAUUAUGGGAGAGGAGCAAGCGGUGGAGCAGAGAGCGAGAGUGGGAAAGAAGCCGAGAAAGGGACAUGAAUCGAGAGUCUAGCCGUGAACGAGAUCGGAGCAAAGGAAAGGAGGCCGAGAAGCAUCAAGAGGCAGAGGUUGAGCGACAUGGAAAUCAAGACACAGACAAGAGGAGAGACCGCGACAGAGAGAGGGAAAAGGACAAGGACAGAGCCAGGGAUAGGGAGGCUGACAGAAGGGAUUCCGAUCGCGACCGAGGGAGAAACAACCGUGACAGAGAGCGGGAACAGGACCAUGAGCGAGAGAAGAGACGGGACAGGUCCCGAAGCAGAGACCGGGAUCGGGGCAAAGACCGGGCGGGUAGGGAAAAAGACAAAGAAAAGGACAAUGACAGAGACAAGGACAGAGAGCGAGAAAGAGACAAGGACAGGGAGCGUGACAGAGACAAGGACAGGGAGCGUGACAGAGACAAGGACAGGGAGCGUGACAGAGACAGGGACAGGGAGCGGGACAGAGACAAGGACAGGGAGCGGGACAGAGACAAAGAUAGGGAGAUUGACAGAGACAAGGACAGGGAGCGGGACAGAGACAGAGAAAGAGAUAAGGACCGGGAGAGAGACCGAGAGAAAGACAGAGACAAGGACAGAGAAAAAGAAAGAGAAAGGGACCGCGAGAAGGACAGAGAGAAAGAAAGAGACAAGGAGAGAGAAAGAGACCAUGACAAAGACAGAGACCGGGACAAAGACAGAGACCGGGACAAAGACAGGGACAGAGAGAAAGAGCGAGAUAAAGACAGACACCGGGACAGAGACCGAGAAAAAGAGAGAGAGAGAGAGAAGGAGAGAGACCGAGACCGUGACAGAGACCGUGACAGAGACCGAGAUCGUGACAGAGACCGCGACAGGGACAGGGACCGUGACAGGGACCGUGACAGGGAUCGGGACCGCCAGGAAACGAGCAGAAGCAGAGAAAGGAGAGAAGACAAAAAGGACAGUAAACAUGAAACACCCAAGGAGAGAGAAAAGACUGCAGAAAAUGACAAAAACGUUUCCUAGUGUGUUUUACCGACACUAGUUGAUUUUGGAGAGCGACUUUAUAACCACUGAAAUUCACUGUUGUGAAUGACAAUGGCAGUAUUUCAUUUCCAUAGAUUCCAGUGUUUGUAUUUUCUGUCAUACAAGGUUCUUAAGUUGUUUUAUCACAUUUGCAAAACAAAACUGAAGGCCAAUUUAAGUUACGUGACUUUGGAGUGUAGUAUGUUGCUACUGAGUCCUAAUACAUAUUACUCUUGGUCAAACCCGUUUUAACAAGAAAACUGCAUCCAGUCUCACACCAAAUGUAAAUAUGAAUGUAUCUGUGUAUAUACUGAUGUUUUUAAUAAUACUUUUCUAAGUAGACAAAAUAAAAGCCAUACACCUUGGAUGGAUCAUCACGUAACUAAACUGCUGAGCACUGUGGCCAUUGCACAGGACGAGAAAAAACAUUUAUCUACAGUACCUAAUCGAUUUGUUUGAGCUCAACCAAUUAAACAUUUUUGAUCACAUACGGAUUCGUCUCUAAUUCUUCAUCCCAAAUUCUUAAACACAGAUAAAGUGAGGAAAUAGCAUUUUUGCAUAAAAUACAUGCACAUUCCAUAGAUUUGUCAGCUCAUUUUUAAGAGAAACUUUAAAGUCAGCCCCUGUGUGCUAGCCCCUUGAGCUGUGACAACAUUCUGCAAGGAAGCCUGUUGCCAUUUUGUCUUCUGUGUAUAAAUUGCCUGUAAACACAAGUUUUAAGUGAAUUUUUGGAGAGAUUGCCAAGACUUAGAUCUAGGUAGCGAUGCUCCGAUCAAUCGGCCACCGAUCAACAUCGACUGAUUUCCAUGAAAACAUGAUCAGCAUAUGCCGAUAAAUGCCUUUCAAUGGCGAUCACAAAAGUUGAGCACCUCUGGCUCGUACUAUUGCAACCUGUAGCGAGCGUCCCCCGACUACUUUCCUUCACGCUGCGCAGGCGUGCCAAACCGAGAAGACUGCUGUGUGGAAUUUACCUGCUGUUUGUGAGAGUAAUAUAAAUUUUGCACGAAAACUUGCCACAAAAAAUAUCUCGCCUUGGUAUCACGUUAAAAAGCUUUGAAACAGGAUUCGAAGAACACGACGGAGUAUGCCGAGUUUUCGAGGAUCCCUAUGUGAUCGGUCAAACGGCACUAACGUAGCCAACGCUGGACAACACUCGCCCGUAUGUGCGUGACAGUCAGCAGUCUAAAGCAAAUAACCUGAAAAACAAUUGAAUUAAUCAGACUAGAUGAUCCGCCUUUGUCAGCAGUGGAAGACACCGGGUUUGCCGACUGCACUCUCACUUGGAGCCCCCCUGCAUGACACCUGGAAGUCCUGCUAAUACGCUAUCAUUGUACUCUCACAUCCAACCUCUGCUUAAAGAAGGCGUCUCAUACUCGGAAGUUUGACCAGUGAUAUAUGUUCUCUUGAGAAAGUAAGUCAAAUAUGUUUUUGUCUAAAUGGAAGGUGAUUUUAUGGUUCCCUUUGUCAUAUCAUAUAGCCACUAACGGGGGUACAACCAGGAAUUCUGGGCACCAUGAAAAAAGAAAAUCGCAUUGGGCACCUCCCCUUUUUAUUUUUGUAAUAAUUACGUAUUUUUUGGCCACCCUGGCAGCCGGGACAUUCGGAUUGUCCUAACUUUCCCCCUUAAACGACACCACGGGUCAAUAACGCUGAUCACAAAUGUAAAAAUUUACACAAUCUAUGUGAUCGGUAUCAGUCGAUUUCCCUCAUGCAUGAUUGGUAUCAGAAUCGGCAGCAUGAAACCCUGAUCGGAGCAUCCCUAGAUCUAGAGUAACUCAAGCAGUGUAACUUUGUGUUUCGAAUUGUAAAACGUUGGCCAAAUUAAAUAACGUGUUGUUGUAAUUGGCAGUUGUAUAGUUUCCAACGGUUUACAUUUUUGACAAAAUAGAAGCACCACUAACUCACAUUAAAAGCAUUAUCUUUAGACUGCAAAUUUUGAUACUUGAGUGUUGCAUUUGUAUGAGGGCAUUUCAAAUUCUAUACUAGUUGCAUUUAGGAGGAACUAUAGUUGGAAAAAUGUAAACGGUUACAAACACUAAUAACCGACCUGUUGGGCCUAUUACAUGUCUGGUGACAAUAUUAUUGGUUGGGAACAAAUACAAAUGAUAUAUUAUAUCGAGCUUGAACAGACACAACUCUGUCACAAGGCAACAAGACGUCAGCAGCAGCAGCAGGCCUACUCGUUUGACGUCACAGGUCUACACCAAGUUGAUGUAACGCACCAACUUUGGGGAGGUACUCACCUCAUCCCCAGUAUGUGUUCAAAGAAUACAUAAAUGUUGUCACCCGUAAGUUACAUUGAGAGUACAGGUACAUUUUUCUUAUUCUAGAUUUCCUUAAAUAAUCUCAUGAUCCAUAUACAGUGUAUUCUUAGAACCUGAAUUAUUGAAAGAGGGAAUCUGAUGAUUGGGCAUUGUUGUUUAAUAAGGUCAGUGGUAACAAUGUUAAUCAUGGUGAUCAAAAGCUCUUGCUUUGGAGGGACAUGACUUUGACCACAUAGUUUGUAUCUUCUGUGGGCACCACACAAACUCAUCUUCGUGGUCAUAGUUCAAGUAGGCAAACUUGAUGAGCUUCCUCCGUUCUCGCCGAUCAAGGACAGUAAAUACGAAGUAGUUGAGGACACUGUUUUUGACACUUUGGAGUUCUCGGUGGACCAGCGUCUCGUUGAGGAAGAAGUAGACCAGGGGGGCUUGGUAGUGAUGGUAACCCAGGGUCCCCAUACACUUCAAUAUGCGGGUGAUUCGCAGGUUGUUAUGAGUGUGGCUGUAAGAAAUAAUUCACGUUUGAUCAUUCUGGCCAUGACACUGAACAAUGUGAGAAAGUCACAAAGUAGCUACCCGUCCAAGGCAUUGAACCUGUCCCUCCAGUUCCUUGCCCUUCUGACAUGGCCCGUCUCUUCGUUGCUCAACUCAAUGCCGUAAAAGUCCAACAUGAGCUUGUAUGACUUCAACAGAUUUUCCUUUGCAGUUGGCUCUUUAUGAAACUCCUGAAGAAAAGUUGUUAGUAAGAUGGUGUGAGGUCCUUUCUAACACAAUUGUGACUUAGGAAUUUACCUCAAUUUCUGCUUUUGUUAGGGUACUGGCCAGACUGUUCACUCCUGGCACUUCCAAUGGGAACAACCUUUUGCAAAGUAUGACUUCCAUAAAUAACCUAAACUGGAAGUGAGCAUGUGGCAAACAUAAUGAAGUUACUUACCACUGAAUAUAGGUGUGAACAUAUUCCAGAUUGUCAUACUCUCCAUACCACGCAGUGUGGAAAUCUCCAAUGUAGAGACCUGAAAAUCAAUAAUGCACAUCUAAAGCUGGUAUCAGGAACGCGAUCACUUACAAUCGGUUGCUUUUAAGCACAAUUUUGAUGAUCCUGUUAGUGUUUAUUUAAAUAAAAGCCAUUAGAAUAGAAAUAAGACCACGUUUCUGUGGUGCAUUUCUAAAAGGUGUACCGUAAUCCCUCUUUUAUUGCAGUUCAUUGGUACCAGACACGACCGUGAUAAGUGAAUUUCCUCAAAGUUGGAUUCCUUAUUUAAAAAUGGAAUAUUUUCGUAGUUGGAGCAUAGAAAACCUGUUUAUGACCUUUUACAGCUUUUAACAUUAUUAGAGCCCUCUGGACAUGAACUAACACCCCAAUAGUCACCUUUAUACUCGUAUUACCCAAUAUAGUACACAUAAUAAGGGUAAAUAAGACAUAAAUGUGUAAAUGUGUUCCAUAGGGGAGCAGAGUGAGUGGC